GACUGGAUUGACCUUUUUUUCUAUAUACAUCUAUAUCUUUGAUGACCCUUCUGGCGCUCGUUCUUGGGCGUUCUUUGAUCUGAUGUGUGAUCUUGUCUCUUGUCUUUUGGCUUGGACACUCUUCCUCGCUUCUCGUGUGUGGGGAUCGGAACUUUUUCGACCGAUUUGACUGGUGGAUUUCAUAUAAUAUGGCCGUGCCCGGUGCCUGUCUCCGCCCUUGCGUUAAUCAUCUCCGAUGUGGUGUCGCUGAUGCCCGUUGCUCAACUGUUUCUCUUAUUCGGGCUUUCUCUGGUCUUGUGCAACCCUGUGGCCCUUGUUGUGUUAUUUCGCUCACUUUGCUCACCCCUGCAUCACCGGCUUCCCCGCAUCUUGUACCCACAUGGUGAAACAUGGCCCCCCCCAUAUUCGUAAUCACUCUUGUGAAUGCGGUGUAUGUUGUAUACCCGUGACGUGUGGAACAACAACCCUUGCCCUUCGGAUCCCUGGAUUCUUUUGACUUGGGUUCUCAUCCUUACACACACUCGAACGAAACACGGAACACGAAACACGAAAAUACCGGUUAUUGUCCUUUAUUUUGUUUUUUCAUAUGCGCGGAUUAUCUGGGGUUGUGGCUUUACGGUGUCCCUGCAAACUUCGCUCGGUGGCUUGCGAACUUUUGCUUGGCCUCUAAACCGGUCACGGGUUCCUUUAAUGUAUGGGCUUACGAAUCACGGACUACCUUCUCCGUCCUUUCUUUUUUCUUUCUUUUUUUUUUUUU